UGUCAAAAACCGUUUUUGAAAAACGUUAAUAUUAUUUUAGGUUGCCGUUUGGCUAACAUCACCUAACCUUAUUUAUCGACGUACGUCAACAAAUUAUGGUGUUUUAUUGCAAGAUUUAGCGGUUUUAAGCGAAAUGGAUCGUAAUAAACCAGUGCCGGGCGUUAGGGGGCCCAAGGCUAAAGUAACGCAACAGCCCCCGAACCAUUUUAUAGCGCUUGGAAAACAAUCAACAUCCAGAGAUGAUUCUAAACGUACUGUGCCUUUACCGACCACUGUUACAUCGCAUUUAUCCACUUCAUCCAGUAAAGCCCCAGUGGACAAGCUAAAACGUGAGGCAAGCUCAAGCAGUCUUUCUGUGCCACCCUCAAAAAAACUGAAAGUGUCAAUCCCGGGCGCCCGCCCAGGCAUAGCCAGCACAUCCAACACAGGAGGCCUCCAAAUAGACAGAAUAUCUGGCUCCCAAACGGGUGUAGAACCAUGGGAAACCCUUGCAGUUGACUGUGAAGCAACAGACCUUUUUGAAGCAGUAAUGAGCAGCCUUCAAAGUGGCAACACUGACAAAGCAAUUGGUAUUAUACUGGGUGUUAUAAGAGCAGUGCGAUCGCACAGGUCUAAAUUAUGCAAAGUGGUUUAUUCCUCACUCUUUUUGUUGUGCAGUUGCAAGCCUUUCUUGUACAACAAUGAGAAUGUUAUGAUGGCUUUAUUGAGUGUUCUAAGGAGGGAUUUGAAUGCAGGAGUUAAAGGAACUAAUAAGGGGAAUAGUUAUAUUCAUAUUUUGUUUAUUAACUUGCUAUCACAUUCUUUUGCUGAUGUUGUUCAUUGGCCAGAACAGUUUUUAAAGUUAUAUGUCGAAGAUGCAGUCACUGAUAGAGUGUUCAUUGAUAACCCCUACUGUAAGCCAUUUGUCGAUAAUAUUAUUACAGCUUUUAAUACAAAAGUGCCACCAAAUUCAUUGCUAAAAAGUGAACCAUGGAGUUCAGCUGCUAGGGAUACAUCAAGUCCUCUUACAAUUCACAGCGUGGAUGAAGAUGAUGUUUUCAGCGAACACAAAACCGUGGUGGAGCAAUGGACCACAAAAGUGUUUCCAAGGUACGCGCAGGCGCAGGAAAAUGUCGAACAAAUAGUACUAGAAGUUAUCAAAGAACAAUUAUCGAGGCGGCAACAACCGGAAGCAAUAACAAAAAACUUCGUCAGGUUUUUGAGCACCGCAUGCGGAUUGGUCGAAAUCCGUAUCAUAGCUGUCUCUAGAAUCGAGACGUGGCUACAUAACCACAAACUAAUGAAACCGGCGCAAGAGUUGCUGGCUUAUUUGUGUUAUAAUUGCUCGGCGAACUCUCAGAGAGAUUUGGAGGUUAUUUUGCAGCUGAGUAAAUUGAGGUUGAAAAACAAACCUAUGGUUAGUUACUUUAAUAACUGUCUGAAGGAAAUGGUUUGCGCCUUUCCUGAAAAUUUAUAUCCGUUGAUGAAGUACACUAUCUACAAUGAAUUGAGUAAUGCAAGGAAUACUAAUAAUUUAAUAGUUGUGGGAGCAUUAUUUCAAGUUGCACAACAAACUAGUUCGGACGCGUUUGCGGAUAUAGCAUUGGAACUACUGCUAAACAAAGACGAUUAUCUGAGGUCACUGCGCGCACUAUUGAAGGAAAUAAAUCGAGUUUUGCGCAGCGAUUUUAACUUGCUCACUGUAGUCCAGUCUUUGCUGCGCGAGCGCAAAGAAGUGGCGGCAAGUGUGCGCGAGCACGAAUUUAGAGAGCGAAUUUUUUUGUCCAUCGCAGACCUGGUUUCUAUGUGCAUGUUACUAUGCGUCAGUCCACAGGUUAGAGAUGCGGCAACGCAGAGCAAGCGCGACGUUGCCGUGUUGCGCGGUUUUCAAAGGCAAGUUCGCGAUAUACAGAAGGAGUGCAUUUCUUGGUUGCACGACUCCGCUUGGAGAAUAUACAGGCCCAACGUCAGCGAUUUCCAUCACGUUUUGCUUAAGUUGCUGUUCCUGGAACAACCUGAGCACUACUACAAGGUUGAUUCUUGGCCAGGUGAAAACGAAAGAAACUUGUUCUUGAGACUUGCAAGUGAAGUCCCGUUACAUCAAAACACGUUGAUUAGAAUCCUUCUGAUAGGAAUUUCAAAAGAACACCCCAUAGCUCAAACAGAAAUAAUGGAAAUCACAGACCAACUAAUAAAGCGAGCGGCAAAUCUGCCGCAAGACUACGAGCCACCUGUGGUGGUGGAUAAGAUAGAAAUUAUGGAUUUCUUUUUUAACCUGUGCAGCUAUAAUUAUCCCGAAAAUAUUGCCUUGCCUGCUGGGUAUUUACCGCCCAAACUGGCUAUUACCGGGAUUUACUGGAAAGCAUGGUUAAUGUUGUUGAUUUUGUCCGCUCAUAAUCCUAUGAAUUUUGGGAGUAUUGCUUGGGAUAAGUAUCCCACUCUAAGGAUGUUUAUGGAGAUGUGCAUAACAAAUCACUUUUCCUUUCCACCACCAACAAUGUCAUCACUAGAAGACGACUACCAAGUGAAAGAACAACAAAUAAUCGCUUUGGAAAAACAAAAAAUUCUCGAGUUCGAGUCCCACCUAGCCGCAGCCACCUCGAAAAUGGAAAUCACGGAACAAACCAGCCUAUUGUUACCCCAAGUGAUGGAGUUAAGACCGCAGGCCGACGCUAGACGGCCGCCGCAACAAGUUUUAGACCAAUUGCAAGUCCUGAACAAUACGCACCGCAUGGGGCAUUUGUUGUGCAGAUCCAGGCAUCCUGAUUUCCUACUCGACAUUAUGUCGAGGCAAGGCGGGACCGCGCACAUGCCAUGGCUUGCCGAAUUGGUGCACAGCUCUGAAGGUGUCCUAGCGCACCUCCCAGUGCAGUGUUUGUGCGAGUACUUGCUAUCGACUGCGCCAUCCGAGAAGUUGACGAAACAAGGGCAGCUGUUGGCGCAUUUAAGAACCGUCGUUAACGGCCCGGAUCCACAGAUGGCGUGCGAGGUGCUAGAGUACCUAUUCAGAAGGUUGACCUCCGAUCACAGCGCGAGCAGAACACAAUCUACUAAAGCCCUCGCGCUGAUAUUAGCGCCCAGUGAUGAUAUGGAAGUGUCAACGGAUAACAAUACCCACUGGUUAACGAAAUAUAUGCCGCAAUUCCCGCAUUUCAACGCGAUAAAACCCGUAUUAGUGCAAUUUCUACGGCAGGCUUUGCAAAUCGAAACAAACCCUUCGAGAGUGUCGAGUUACAUGAACUUUUUGUCCACGCAGGACAUGAACGAUUCGUUCCCGGAGUUAAACGAACUAAUAACCGACUUAUCUUCGGUUAUAAUCGAGAGGCACAGUGUCGCCUCCUAUGUUCUGCCAGGGGAAAACGACGAAACUCUCAAAAACUUACUGAAUGUUUUCUUGUUGCACACUCAAAAGUCCAAGGAGCAUUCAGAUGAGACUUUCACGUUCUUGCAAAGUUACAACGCCGAGUUUGUGUUUGUGCAUUGGGCUACUGGCGAGCAGUGCGGCAUGCAACCUGUUGUUAUACAUUCAGCCAUUGUGUUGCUUACUUACGGCCCAUUAGAUGACCCUGCCUAUAAGGCACUCUUAAACACAUGGUUUCCCGACAACAUGGACUACCCUCGCGCCUACAGCCCGGAAACGUCCGAAAGCACGUCGUACCUACCCGACUGGAUGAAACUGCGCAUGAUCCGUUCCACCGUUCCCAAACUCGUCGACGCCGCCAUCGAAAAACUCGAACCGCCAAAGUUGGUCCUCUUCAUCCAAUCUUUCGGCAUCCCCACGUCGUCGAUCAGCAAGUUGUUGCACACUCUCGAUAAAGCUACUCGACUGAAUCCUACUUUGGUGGUGGAUUCAGUUAUCGAUAAACUGUACAUGAUACAGUUGGUCGAGGUGCAGAACAAAAGAGGGGCCACUGGCGGGGAGACUUUUAUCAGAGCGAUUGAGAUGCAGAUGCCGGCCUUGCACGAUAACGAAGUCGUUGUUGAUGUCGAGUGCAAGAGGGAGCUACCAAGAGUGCAGCAGAAACAACACAUUGUUGCCAAUGACAACGAUGUGUUGCAGAUGUUAAGUACGUUAUACAAUCCGCAUUUCAAUGGGAAUAGAAACAAAGUGGUUUUGAGCUUGUUAAAGGCAAUCAGUCAUCGCAAACCGCUCGUUGACGUAGUGUUCGGUUUUCUUAAACCUGUGCCGGCCAAUUUCACCGUUCCGCUACUAUUAAAUUACUCUUCGUUCUCUACAGUACUAAGGUUGAUUUUUAGCCCUGCGGCUGCGCAAAACAAGGAGAAAAUCACCUACGCGCAGCAGCUUCUUCAACUAAUACCGAUAAAAAGUAACGCUUCUGCCGUGGUUUUGCAGCAAUUUUUGAACGGUGCUUUACGAAUUGGGGUGAAAAAAGAAGAAAAUGUUGAUGCAAUGGAGUUGAUAAAGCAUGGCAAGUUGUUGACAGCGAAAAAGUGCGAGGCUGUAAUGGAAUUCCCGGAAAAUUUGGGUGCGAAACUGGGGAAAAUGUUAUUGGAAGGCAAAGAACAAGCUGAGAAGACUGGACUUGUUGUGGACUGGUUGUCAGCUAUAGAACUUGAAAUAGCCCAUACAGAUAAACAAAAAAUACAGAUGGACCUUUUGUUUUCGAAACAAAGUCUUCCGUUUAGACCAUUAUUAAUGUCCCUGGUUCUCCAGAGAGCUACAUGGAAGAGUUUACAUGGCAUUUUAACGUAUUUACUACAAAAUACCAAUAAAGAAAUUUGCCCCACAUCGGCUCUGGACUUUUUUACGGCCCUUACUCAAAGCCCUAAGCUUUGGCAGGGCAGAGAUAAGGCCAUACCGAAACAUUAUCAUUUUGAAGAUGUCCUAAAACUAGAGAAAAGCCAGGCUAUGGUAAUGAUAAGCUACGUAUUGGACGAAGCCCGCAUCAACACAGACAAAGAAAACUGGAAAAAAUCUAUGGAAAACCGCUUACAACUUCUACUGAAAUGUGUAGGAAUCUCCGCCACUUCAAUCGUAAAAAACCUCAGCCAACAAGCCGAUAGUGACGUGUAUGCCCGCGAAUUACUAAUGAUGUUGUACAUGUCUCUCCCAUACUCUGGCCAAAACGACUUCGAAAACACCCUGUUAAUGUCCACUGAAGUCUACAACAAAAAUUGCCCCAGUGCCGUCGACGAAAUAUCGCACUGUCUACUAAGCGCCCUCGCGGCAACACCGCGCACCAAAGACUGGAACAAAAAAUCGCAAGACCUAGAGCUCUGCGUGCGCAAAUUGGCAUCGUCGCAUCCGGUGUUGGUGUUGAGACAGUUGCCAAUGUUAGCCGGUAGUCUUAAAGGACGUGCGCAGUACGAUUGGGGGGUUUUUAAGAACAGAGGGCAUUUUAUUUUGUUCGGCCAAGUUUUGGGGUUGAUGGAGUUAUUGCAGCCGCACAUAUUUAAGCACGAAGGUGUGUUGUGUGAUUUGUUGGACUCCUACUUUAAUUUGAUGGCUUUCCAUGGCCAUAGCAAAGAUUUGGCUGGUUAUGUUGGUAGGAUUGUGGUUUUUAUACAGAAUUGGCUUGUCAAGGAUAUUAAGGCUGCUUCCAAAUAUCUUCAGGAGCAUGGUGGGGUUCUAAAUGAUAUACAAUUUAAUCAACCAAGAGUUAGACCUUUAUUGUCUAACGUCUCUCUACCCAUUACCGACCAAGGUUUAGCCCCUUCAGAGUUACUAGUUGGAACUGUUACCCCCCCAGAAAAAGAACAGCUACCCCAGCACUGGCCCCAACUAAUUAACAGCCUUCAAUCAACGGAGAAUUUGAAUGCCCUCCAAGAACUCGAUCAUCUCACCAACAAACGUCCCCAAUUAUUGGAGGGGGUUUCUCAAUACUUGUACGCGUCCAUAACCUCGCCUAAUGGGGCUAUAAGGUCGCUAUCGUUGACUUUGAUCGUCAGGUGGUUGAAGUAUAACCCCAAGUCUGCAUCCGAUGCCCUGCCGUCCGUUCUGGCUUGUUUGGAUAGUAACAAUGGGGAUAUUGUUAGCAGUGUGUUGGACAGACUGUCCGAUUUGGUUACUGUGAUGCAGGAGUAUGCCAAGGUGAUUCUUACCAGGGUUUUCCUGCUAGGAAUGAAGUCCACUUUGAAUACUACAACUAAUAUUACAAAGACAGUGAAUUUGUUAAGCUUGCAGUAUGGUUGUUAGGAUGAUUUCUUUAAUAUAUAUAAUAUAAUAAUAAGUACAAUGUUUAUUUUUAAAAAAUACUUUAUUAAACAUAACCGAUAUUUUUGUGAAAACAGAACAAAACAAAAAUAAAUUUGGAACAAUUUAUUUAUUGCCUAUAGGGGAACUUAGUAAAUUUAUUAAAAUUUGAUAAAAUAAAAGUAAACAGAAGCUAAGGAAGGGCUUACAAACUAACAGAGUAAUAUACCUUCAACAAACACAAAAAACUUAAAAAUCACAGAUUGUCUAAAAAAAUGUCUAGAAAAUAAAAACAAGUCAAAUGAAUUCUUGCUUUUUACUGUACUGUCAAAAUCAAAUUAUUGCUUUAAAAAAGCAAUUCUGAAGCUGUUUCGCACAAAAACUGUACAUGUUUUUCACCGAUAAACAUUCGAAAAUGGUACGUUUCCUUAACUAUUGUAUUGUAUUGAGUAAAUGUUGAAGCGAGUGUUACUGUUUAAAAAAUUUGCACUAUUGGGUAUUGCGACAUCGGAAAAGUGCAAGAGAUAAGCAGUCCAGGCAACCGAAAAUUUUAGUUCGGCGAUAAAAUUUUGGGCUUUAUUUUUUUUUGCAGAAAAACGGUUCCUACAGUGUAUACAGGGUGUCCCAAAAUUGGCGUUAUAAACAGUAAACACACAAAAAAUUUCGUUUUUUUGGGUCUUGAAAAAAUUUUCUGCACCUUGCAGAAAAAACUAAAAAAAUCGUUUUUUCCGAACCUUUAAACACUACUCCCAUUUUAAAUGUAAAAAAUUGUGAAUUUUGCAUAUUUGAGUCGUCUAAUUUCAAAAGCGGCCAUCUCCUAUUUUGAAAAGAUUGUUCAUAUGGUAACUAAAAAUAUUUUUUCUACAAAAUAACUAACCAGAUUUAAGUUUUAAUAAAUAAAACAUAUAUUUCAAAGGGACAUGGGCAUGUUAAGUACAUUUUUGUACUUAAAACAUCAAUGUAGAUGGGUUAUAUUGAAACUAACUUUAAUGAAUUAUUUUCCUUGGAAAUAGCCUUUUUUGUUCGGAUAUAAUUUUGCACUAAUAUACUAUGUAAUAUUUCGAUUUUAUUGGAGUAAUUAACUCAUUAAAAAAAAUGGAGAUGGCCUCUUUUGAAUCUAGACGACUCAUUUUCCGUAUAAUAUUGAAAUAAUGCAAACGUAAUUUUUUUCGGCGGCUCAAUUUUUCCAGAAAUUUU